GACCGGGAACGUUGAGGGAAUGGGGUCAAGAGGGGAGCCGGAGAGAUGGUGGACGGAAAGAGCCGUGAGUGUCGAGAGAUCUGGAGAUCUGGGAAACCGGCCGGUGUGAUUGGACGCCAGCAGGGAUUGGACGCUGUCGGGCAGGGUCCGAUAAAAGGCAGAGGUGGGAUAUCCCCUGUGCUCCUUCUCUCCCCACAAUACUCGGGCGUCUGUCUGCCUUGUUCACCUCCCGCACAAGCCUCGCACAAGGCCACAGGGUUCCGUCCCUCUCUAAGCCUUAUAAGCCGGCUCUCCUGCCUCACCCGGCAGCACCACCCCUGCUUCUCGCCAUGACUGAUAUUGCUUUCGAUACCACCUGGUGUCCUGUCUGCUCUCGUCAGAUCCUCCCCAAACGCAUCCAAAUACCCCUCGCUCCUCCUCCACCUCCCGCUACACCUGCUCCGCCACCCUCUCCUACCCAAACAAAACCAGAUGCCCCUCGCAUGCAGCGCAGCAAGACUGGCACUAUCCGCGCUCGUCAGGGUGGCGGUCUCGUUCACGGCACUGGUCGUGUAAAGCCCAACGGCGCCCUCAAACGUUCUGAUCCUACACGGGAUCAACAGGCUGCCCUUCUGUCGAGCAAGAAGUCUGUUGUCGCGCCGGAGCCUACUCGACCUACUGUCGCUCGCAGUCGCACCGUGAUCGAUCAGGGUCCCAUUCCUCUCUAUUGCUCAGACGAGUGUCGUAUAGCCGACCUCCAGUCUUCCUUCGCCUCCACCGGCAUCGACUAUCACCCUGAUCGUCACUCUUCUCCACCUCUACCUCCUGUACCUCAUAACUCUUUCGAUGACGUCUCAUCCCAGAGCGACUCCGACAGCAGCAGCGAUUCCGUCUCAGCCAUCGGUUCCUCUUCCAUCUUCACCACGCUCCCUCCAGCUCCCCACGCCUCCAAUCCGGGCCCUGCUGGCUCGAACGCGAAACAAAAUCAAGCCGAAGCUGGUCGUCUCGCCUCUGCACGUGCGUAUGCCGCUUUGCAAUCCAUUUACGACAUUCCUCCUUGCCCCGCUGCGCCUCCUCUCUCCCGCACGGAUACCUCCAGCUCUGCUUCUUCCGACGAUGUCCCGAAUGAUUACCAGAGCGGCGUUAUGAUGGCGGCGAAACGUAUUGGCGAGGCCCUGUGUCGACCAGCUGAGCCCAAGAAGAGACCUUCAUGGGCUACGCCAUCGGCUAUGUUGAGCACUGCCUACGCUUUGGACGCUCAUUCAAAAGACAGAAAGGUCAUCCCAGGCUGGACCGAUGGGAGUAACGCCUGGAGGGCGAGUGUGUACUCGUUCGCUCCUCCUCCAAAGGACGGAAAGCUUAACCCGUAUAUGGCCGAUGACGAUCCGUCGUUGAAGGCCUAUCGCGGUCACGUCGCUACUCCGUUGAGGUCGAAAAGUGGUGUCUACUCGACGGUCACUGAUACCGCUAUCGGUGCAUCAUCAUCAUCUUCCGUCGCCUCCACCACGACCACUCCAGCACGCUCUCAGUCUGACGUUGACCAACUGUAUUCAAAGUUCUCCGCCUCACUCACUCGUCGUUGCGAGUCCCGCCAGUCGCUCCAUCGUCCCGCCCUUUCCACUUCGCCCGCCAACUCUACUCGCUCGUUACCCACCACUAUCGCAUCUAGCGCUGUCAAGCACCGAGAGGUUCCUCUCGUGGCACCUGGUGCCGAAGGGAAACUCUUGGUGCCGAACGUCAAGAUGCGAAGAAUAUCAAGCAGUGGAAGUGAUGCGGGGAGCUUUGUGCGGAGACGUAGCCCCUUGAGCAGGCAGGGAAGCGAGAUGAGCGUGAUUGAAGACGAGCACGAGGAUGAUGUGACGGUGGGAUUGCAGAUGAGUCGUUUGACGGAUUCUCCGAAGGUCAAGAAGCCUGUUGAAGGUACGUUUAUCUGCCCCUUGACUGCGUCGAUGGUGCUAACCUAUAUUUGUCUUCCUCUUAUAGCUCGCUCGUGGUCGUACUCGGAUAUUGUGACAUACCCCAUUAUGCAACUACCGCCGCAGAUGGAGAAGCGCGUCGAACGAAGGAUCGUGAAUGGCGUCGAGCAGGACGUCGAGGUCGAGGUCGAGAUCAUACCUGAGCGCAAACGGUUGUUCCUCUUCGCCGACGAACCUGGACCCAUCAGGUCUCGUCGCCGUUGAUCGUUGAACUCCAGCAUUUGCUAGCUCUUUCUACCCCUUUCUCAUCCUCUGCCUCUCGUCAAUCAUCAUACCCUACGUUUGUCUCAUCUAUCUUAUCCUCGGUCCUUCGGUCGUCGGUCCCAUAAGUUGAAUCGCAUACUAUUGCAAUACUCAAUACCCUACGGCGCGCUGCCUCCUCCAUCUAUUCCAGUACACGUAUACCGGGCUCACCUGACGAAUCAUACCAUACUCGCUUCAUACCCCAAACUCACUCAUACUCCCAAUCUACUCAUCCCCAUUUGCAUUGGCACGUACGACGCGCAAUUACGAUUUGACUUAUUCGUUUUCAUCCCUCCAUCGUCUUCGCAUACCUCACCACGCGCGCAUGUCACCUCAUCGAACUCGUUGUCCUACGUUUAUCACGUUCCCCCCUCGCUCAUCGUCCAUGUCCAUUGCAAGCAGUUGAACGUUUCUUUUCGUCUGGUUUGGCCUCUGGUUGUCGUCGUUUUCCCUUGGUCUCAAUCGAUCUCCCCCGCUAUUCGUCAAUCAAUACCGUCUCUCGUAUUCUUACCGUCUCAUAUCAAGUCUUCGCCAAUACCUCUUAAUCCCUUCACCAUCCAUCAAUACCACCACAAGCUAACCAUGCCGAAAAUGUGCCAUAUAUUUUACUCGCCAAGUCCGUUCGUUUUCCUAUCUCCUCCUGGUUUCUGUCCGCGUCUCUCGCAGACGUACUUGUACUAUUAUGUAUCAUCAAUACCCAGGGUUGCAUUCUUGGUUUGCGUCGUUCGUUUUUCGCCUUUUUCGUCUAUUCUCUGUAUAUCAAUUGUACUUUUAUACCAACCAAUCCAGACCAACACCCCGAGACGCUCUUCAGUUCAUUCUUAUUCAGAUGGACUUUUGGGCAUACCCUCUGAUCAAUACCUCGCGUACAUUUUUUUUAACUUGUGCAUUAUGAACUCGAUAUACCUUACGACCCUCCUCCUUCUGGACUCUUUUUAUUGUCUUUUGCUACUUGCUACUCCAAAUCGAAUUCGAAUCGAAUCUCAAAUAGUUUUUCUGUGCCAAUCAAUUGAAUCGCGUUCUUCUG